AUGGCGCCGUUCAGUGCUGCGGUCAUACUAAGGCAAAUACUGGCUUUGUUGUGUCAUUUACAGCAGAAUCUACUGCUCCUCUUCUACAACCAUGAGCUCCAACUUCAUACAAAGAACCGCAUAAACCACAUGCUUUUGGAUCUACCUCGGAGACGAACGAGAAGGACAGUCCGGAGAAAGUUUUGGAAAAGACCGGGCAGAACUGGCAGUUGGUGGGACAACUUUGUCAAUGGUCUUAACGUGGAAAGUGAAUGGCGGGAUAACUUUAGCAUGUCCCGAGCCGCUGUCUUCGCCCUUACCAAAGAACUGCGCCCGCAUAUCGAAAGGCAAACCACCAACAUGAGGGCGCCCAUCGAUCCUCUCAAAAGGUUUGCAUUAACACUUUAUUACCUGACCGAUGAGGGGAAGCUACGGAAGACCGCUAAUGCAUUCGGCGUGUCGCGCCAGGCGGUGUCUAAUAUUAUUAGGCAGACAUGCACAGCGAUCUCCAUCCAUCUGGGUCCGAAGUACAUCAAGCUACCCUUUACAGAGCCCGAGGCGGAGGAACUAGUUGUGGGCUUUUCUCGUUUUCAUGGCUUGCCACAGUGUUUUGGAGCUGUUGACGGCACCCACAUUGAAAUCAAGCAGCCAUCCACCAACUCCAUGGUCUACAUUAACCAAAAGGGGAAAUAUUCUCUUAAUGUACAGGCAGUGUGUGAUUACAGGUAUCGUUUUAUGGAUGUUGUGAUAAAAUGGCCUGGAAGUGUACAUGACGCACGGGUCUUUGCCAAUUCAAGGCUCAACAUCUGCUUAAAGACUGGCAAAAUCCCUGCUAUGAAAAAGCUAAUUGUGGAUGAUGAGGAUGCCAUACCAAUUUAUCUUCUGGGUGAUCCUGCCUACCCGCUGUUGCCUUACCUGAUGAGAGAGUUCUCAAAUGGCGGGUCCACCCCUCAGGAACAGCACUUUGGGGUUUGCUUAUGCAAAGCACAUGAGGUCAUUGAAUGUGCUUUUGGUCGCCUGAAAGCCAGAUUUGCAGCACUUAAAAGGCCUAUGGACAUCAAUUUAAACGAUCUGCCUCAUGUGAUUUACUCCUGCUUUGUUCUUCACAAUUUCUGUGAGUCUAGUUUGGAGGUUGUAGAUGAACUGACUGUGGUGGGAACAAUGCAAGGUGAAAAGGAUUCACAGCCACCAACAGAGUGCACUAGUUAUCAAACUGACUGUAAUGAAGAAGGAGAGAGAGUGAGGAGAGUGGUCAUGAAGUACCUGCACCCUUAA